GGUCCGUUCGCGACUGAAUUGGUUGGUGGACUCUCGCCGUGGCUCUCGGCUGGGCGAUAGUUCUCGCGAUUUCGAAUCGAAUGUUCGAAAAUCGUACACCAACAAAACUACGCUAGCAACUCUUCAGAGACUCGCAUGAUCCAUCUCUUCGAGUUUACUGUAGUCCCUAGCCAAUUUAGUUUGGAACAACGCGGUUUCCACUUUUUCGAACUUCUAUCGUGUACUUUAGUUGUGCUGCACACAACUACCAUCACACGAACACGCACGCCGCUCCCGAUGCAACUCUGGCGUGGCGAUCGCGCAUUUUCGCGAGAGACUGCCACUGUCAACAUGGCAGCUUGGCGAGCGUCUGCUCAGUUGAGGUUUCACUUCGCUGCCAACUAGGCACAAACCGUUUUUUCUCGUACUACUACCGUUUCCAGUUAUACCCGAAAGUCAGACCACCACCGCCGUGUGGAACUAAUCGGGGCCUACUUUACUGUACAAAUCGGAUUCGACUAUUAAAAUGAUAAGAAAGUAGCCUAUAGAACAAUUUUGAUUGUGCGUUCAUCUAGGAAAGAAAAACUAACUGGAGUGCGUUCUGAGUGACGAAAGAAACAUAUGUGUGGGAGUUUGACGUUUUGAUUCUUUGAUGGUGGAAAAAAACACCGCCGAAGCUGAAUGGAACAAAAUUGAAGGUUAAACCUAUUUUUCUACGCGUCCAAACGUCGUCAAAACGAAUGCGGGAAUAAUUUAAAUGCAGUUUAAAGUGCUAAUCACACACCAUCAUAUCCGUUCGGCAAUAAAAAAGGUGACAAACAAAUAGUCGACCAACUCGAGGGCAGCACGAAUUACGGUCAUUCCUUCUGAAAACUGGUUGUUGUGUCGGUCCAAAGUGGUGCGAUCAGAAGAGUGUACGGUGAGCUCGUGAUAAAAAGAGUGGAGAGUAGAAGAAAAUUGAUUUUGCGUUGCCCCAAGGAACGACGACGGCGACGCAGAGAAAUUCCUCUUGGAUUAAACCAUCUUGAUCUGUUUUUCCUGUGCGCAUGUGUAAGUGAUUGUCUGUUCGAUUUUUGUGUUAGUGAACGAAACAAAAAAAGAAUAACAAAAAAAUCGUCGGGUUCGUCGCCGCACACUGGGAAGACAAAUUCUUUCCGAGAGCCGCCUGGAAUGAAAAGUAGGCAAUGAUUUGAAUGACUUGGCUGAUCUGAAUAGGGGGCGAAAUAUUUCUGUUGAUCUCAUUUUCCACCCAUGGUUUACGGAAUCACGAUUAUCUAAUCUCGCGAAUGGUUUUUCUGCUAGUACAGAGGAAGACGCGGAUUCAGAAGUGUGAUUUUGGCCACAAUACAAAGCUGAGGUAACCUAAACGAGACAACUUGCAGAAGGACGACAGUAACUUAGAAAGGCGAUUAAAGGCUAGGAACAAUAAAAAAAGAAACCCGUGGGUGGUAGCGCUCUCACUGAAAGCAUUAUAGACUUAAAACAAGCGGUUUGCUAGAACCGAGCUUGAUCUGAUGAAUUUUCUAGCUGGAAAAUACAUGAAGGAUUAAAGUCGCCGAACGAUUGACCGUCCAACCAGCCAACAAAAACCAGUAAAAAAGAAGCUCGCCCGAUUGUGAAGGCGUGAACAAGCAACUUGAAGAACCACUGGCACGAAUGGUAUGGAAUUGCGCACCAUGACCACCCCGAAACAGCAACGCGAAGACCGACGGUACUCGAUGCCGCACGGAAUGCACGGAUCGCUACCACCGGGAGCAGCGGAUGACCUACACGCGUGGUCUAUCUAUAGACAAAAUUUGAACUCCGACUUUGCCGACUCGGCGCUCGGUUCUUCGGACAAAUCUCCCCAGCCGUACAGUCCACAGCACCGCAACGGAUACCGAGAUGAUGCAGCCAUUUCGAACCAUCCGCGCUACGGUGGUUCCAAAUCGAAUCCACUGAACUCCAACAUGUAUACCUACCUCAAAUUCGGUCUACCCCGAGUUUUCCCACCAAACGGAGGCCCUCCCGGUCGGGCACGUAACUCAUCCAAGACAAACGGGCGCGGUCGGGUCAAUCGUGGCUACCGGGACAGUACCGGUCCGGGGCCCGGGUCCUCCGGAUACGACAGCAGCGAUAACGAAACCCACCGCGGUCGAGUGCCAGCUAAUUUAAGGAAAUACCGCAGCGAAUCGGACUUUCGUGCAAUCGGAGCAACAAAUUCGCGGCCAAACUCUCGUGCACAGGGCAUUCCACUGGCAGCCCUCAAACAGGCCAACAGUCGCGCCAGUAUAGCAGGCACUCACGUUUACAACCCAUACGCCACUAACCUGCGACAUCACAAUCUCCGCUCACAAAGCGAAGCGGACCUUCUCGCCGAGUGGGAUUAUGACGAUUCACCAACCUACGGGGAGACCCGACUCUAUCCCGAAGAAAUUUACAACACACAGAGCAGAAGGCACUCGAUGGCGGGUUUGGUGUAUCCGAACAUUCAGGUGCACUGCUUAGAUGUCCUACCAGGGCUGAGAGGCGUUUCAUUGCAAGCUAAAGCUGGCGAUUUAUUCGCCAUUAUGGCAACAUCACAGCGUGAGGGUACAGCCCUUGUAGAAGCUUUAGCCGGAGUACGACAACGUAUGAGCGGUGAAAUUUUAGUAAACGGACAGCAAGUAAACAGGCGUAUCCUACGUCAGCUUUGCGGUUAUGUGCCCGAUCUGAAGACAGCUCCACUCGAUCCACGAAUGAGUGUUCAGAGCACUCUUUCCUUCCAUGCUGCCCUCCGUGGGCCGUACGACCGCAGUGACCUCAAGGAGCGCGUAGACAUCCUCGUCGAAGACCUUGGUCUAACCGCCGUCCGGUCGGCCAACGUUUCCCGUUUGACUCAUUCCGAAAAGCAAAGACUGAAUGUGGCCUGCCAACUGUUAACACAAUCAUCCAUACUCUUACUCGACCAGACCACGGUAAACAUGGACAUCUUCGAUACGUUCUUUUUGGUAGAAUACCUGCGACAGUGGUGCAGUGCGGGCAGGAUGGUUAUCAUGACGCUUCAGCCGCCAACUUUUGAAAUACUCUCCAUGUGCUCUGGAGUUCUUCUACUGUCCGGAGGACGUACUGUCUACUCGGGAAGCAGAGCUGAUUUGCCACGACACAUGGGAACUUUGGGCUAUCCUUGCCCUCCGUUUAAAAAUCCAGCAGAUUAUUAUCUGGAUCUGGUGACACUGGACGAUCUGUCGGCAGCUGCACUACUAGAAUCAUCCGCCCGUAUCGAGUCUCUAGCCAACUCGUGGGAUCAUGUAAAUUCAGAACCACCACUCGCCGCUCCAGUUGCCAACCUACCGGAACCAACCAGAAGUGCCGGAUUUUUCGGACAAAUUAACGCUCUAGCAAAGAGGUACACGUCUUACAAACAGCCAGGAUCACUGCUCAAUUGGAUUAGCAGGCUAAUUCUUGCUGCCGUGCUGUCACUUUUCGUGGGCUGCCUAUUCUGGGACGUUCCGGCGUCCGAUCCUCAGCUAAACCUCAACGAUCGCUUAGGCUUUCUUCAUUGUAUAAUAAUGCUCGCUUUAUGGCCAUUGCUGAUCCUGCAAAUUCGUGACGUUCAGGAAGAUCGGCGACAUGCUGAAAAAGACCUUCGUCUUGGUCUGUAUGGAAGAUUUCUCUACAUCAUUAUACAAGGAACCCUUAGUGUCCUUCCGAGUCUUUGUAUCUGGUUAGCCUACUUGCUACCGGCGCACAGCAUGGCUGGUCUGUACUCUUCUUCCGGUAGCGACGAUACCGCGAUCUACCUGUACAUGGGUUACAUGCUGCUCUACCUAAUGGCCAUACAAACGAUAGUGUUAUUCAUCUCCCAUCUGGUGUCGUGCGGAAUCUCUGCAACCAUCAUUACCUCACUGGUGCUACUGUUUCUUUCCGGCGUUGGAGGUUACUCCAUCCAUUCGCGCAACAUUCCCGACUACUUGCAGUGGGGCGAGAUCGUAUCGCCAGAGAAGUGGAUCCUGCCGCUGUUCACUGAGCAGGAAUACAGCGUGGAAACGCUGGCCGCACUCACCAAUCAGCAGAUGUGUCGAAACAAGCAGGUCCAGCAUCAGGAGAUCAUCGUCCAGCAGCCGUGCCCACCGCCGAAUGGAACGGCCGUUCUGGUUGACCACCAGCUGCUGGCUCGAGAUCACGUGCUAGAUCCAAGCGACAUGUAUUCCUCUACUGUGCUAGGGCUGCUGUUGACCUGUAUCGUGUUCUUCGCCCUCACCAUGAUUGUCUUCCUGAUCAACUGUCAGCAUUUGUUCCGGAGGCGGACUGACCGCCGGCAGAAGCGCAUCUAGAGCGUGGAUACUUUCACUCUACCCAUAGGUAGAGCCAGGUGCAAAAAAAAAACAACCGACUAUACUAUACUAAAACGACUUCCACUGGCAAGUUAAUAGUAGGAAAGUGUUUUUAGUUGAUCUUUUUUUAUUAUUUAACUGAAAUUACUAGAAAGUACUAGAGAUAAGAAGGAAAAAAUGAGAUCGUUAGCAAACUAUUUAAGAUUUUUUAAUUGAAUGUUUUAGAGCGAGAUAACAAAUGAAAUACGAACGCAACCCAGCGGUUAUAAACACGAUGUUAAUAAUUGAUUCGCCGUUGCUGCGACGAAGAUGGAAAAUUAUGUUUAAUACGAGAAUAUAUUGGUGACUUGCAUACAAAUCGAACUGCGGAAGCAUUGCAGAUGCACUACGCCGAAAAAAGCUAAAUAAAGGUCAAUUUUUAAUGAG